AUGACGGUGGGUAGCUUCCUGUGCCUGUGCCCGCCCAAGGCGAUCGAACUGGGCGGCUCGGGCCGCGCCAGCCGGCCAGACCAUCGGGAUCGCAUCCGAUCCGCAUUGGAGGGGCUGGAUUUCGGCGGGAGGACCAAGACGGUGAUCUGCAUGCCCGGCGGCGGGCUGGCGGUGGAGGGCGCGGGGUGCUGCCCGGAGGUGGCGGUCGUGGGGCCGCUGAUGGCGGUGCUGAGCGGGACGAUCCAGAAUUAUGCGUACUUGGUGAGGAAGUACUUCGUGGAGGAGGUGGGGAUGGGGCGGGGCGUGAGCCUGGAGGACCUGAGGCAGACGACGCCGAUCAGGGACGCCGCCCUGCUCUGCAGGCUGUACCAGCGCCUGGGCACAGACAUGCUGGCCAAGCUGCGUGGCCGCUUCGCCUUCUGCCUCUAUGACUCCAGCACUGUGCGCGUGCUGGCCGCCAGGGAUGCCUCCGGCGCCGUGGGCCUUGUCCAGGGGACCACAUCCUCCGGCGACCUCUUUGUGGCAUCUGGAGAAAUCCUCCCCCCCCUCACAGCCAAAGUUGCAGAAAUCCAGCCCGGGAUGUACAAAUAUGGCUGGCGGGCUCCUCCCAGAAAAUACGCCGAUCGCCACGAGCUGAUCGAGAGCAAGGCCGCAGCGGCAUCGCAUGCGGCCAGUGCCGCUCUAUCUGGGAUCUUUGUGAGGGACUGUGGUGCAUCGGAAGCGCUGGAUUCUGAAAAUAUGGGCAGGAUUCUGACACAGUCCAGCAGUGCCGGAUCUGCGAUCCCAAAGUUUAGGACCAAGGCAGAGGUUCGGGAGUGGGCGGCGGACGUGACUCAAGAAGCGAUCGAGGCCUACGAGGCCAUGGGGGCAGCCUUGUGCCCUCUGCACAUUGCAGGGGGGGCCGGGGGGAGGAGGGGGGGCGGGGAGGGGGUGUGGGCAGGCACUUGGUGCCUGGGAGGGAAGGACAUGGGGCAGAGGGAAGGCAGCACCAGCGGGCUGGACUCUGGAGUCACUGCAGGGUCUUCAGAGGAGUCCUGCGGGACUGGGGUCGAUGGGGUGCGGUAG